UAUCCCUUCGAUUCCCCGAGUGACAAUUUUUUUCUCUUUUUCGCUUUGUCAGUAUAUUAGGCCAAUCAGAGUUGCUUGGACGGUAUUCAACAUUGGUGAAUUGAAGCAAAACAGCAGCUAUACUGUGUCUUUUUUGUUGGGUUCAAUUUCUUUAUUGUUGUCAUCGCGAUCGCUUCGAAUGCUCUAUCCCUUGUCACAAUGACGUCUGAUAACCUAAGAAAGGAACCACUGCUGAACGUCGCUGAUGUUGGUGGAGAAACUCUGAUGCAAGCACAAGAGCAUCAACCCGAUGUGUGGAAACAGUUGUUGUGGAGCAACAGAACCGUGGUUGCUGCUUCCAGUGCAGCAGUAACAUCCGUCCUUGCAGGAUUUCCGUUUGACUCGGUAAAAACGAGAAUGCAAACUCAUCAUUAUGACUCGAUUCUCGAUUGCGUUCGGAAAACAUAUCAAGAAGAAGGGGCUCGAGGGUUUUUUCGGGGUAUGAUUCCACCGCUUGUCACCGUGAGCAUCAUCAAAUCGGUAUCGUUCUCGGUGUAUGAAGGAACAAAGCAAAAGCUAAAGAGCCACGGUUUACAUGGUGAUACUUUGCCGUCACUUAUUGGUUUGGCGACACUGAGUGGAGCAGCCAGUGGAGCCUUCACAGCAAUGCUAAGUUGUCCCUUGGAACUCGUAAAAAUCCAACGCCAGCUGGAGCAAGUCAUGCUUGCUAGCAGAUUAGCUUCUGGUCAACCCGUGGAAUCGUCCAGCUGGAAUGCAGCCAAACAAAUCGUUCGUCGCAAAGGUGUCUUUGGACUCUGGAGUGGACUCGGAUGUCAUUCAGUGCGUGACACAAUUGGCACCUCGAUCUAUUUCGGUGGCUAUGAAACUGCCAAGCGAUUAUUGACCAGUCCAGAAUCCAGCCCAGGACCUUUGACCCACUUUAUGGCAGGUGGCUUCUGUGGCAUCCUCAGCUGGCUGAUCGUUUUCCCGUUUGAUGUUUGCAAGAGCAUCAUGCAGAAAGAUGUCAUGAUGACCCACCCGAAAUACAACAGUGCACGCGAAUGUGCAACAGCUCUUCUUCGUCAUGGGGGUGUGCGUGGCCUUUAUCGUGGACUCUCGGUGACUUUAAUACGGGCUUUUCCCAUCCAUUCACUUAAUUUUCUGGUCUAUGAGCAGGUCCUUAGAUUGAUCCCCUCCUCCCCCACACACUAAAACUGUAGAUUUUUUAUACCAAAAAUAGAGAAUAAAAUGCAUCCUUUGAAACACAA